AUGGCCGCUCGUCGUUCUCUGGCCCGGGGUAUUCCCGCUCUCCGCACCGUCUCCCCCCGCACUGGCUUCAGCACGAAAGCUGUUGUUGCUGGGACGUGGACGACCUCAAAAUCGAUGGCGAAUAUAUCGCCAUUAUCUCAGUCUGUGGUGUCACAUACUUCAAGGAGGCAUAUUCACGUAACUGCUCGUCGCUCUUCCCAGCAGCAGCAGUACGGCACUCAAUCUGCCGCCUCUACCACCACCGAAUAUCCUACUUCUCACGAACAGAUCACGAACCCCAUCGACACCACAAACUUCAUUGACAAUGAAUUUGUCACCUCCAAGGCUACAGAGUGGAUUGAUUUACAUGACCCAGCAACAAAUAAUCUAGUGACUCGUGUCCCCCAGAGCACGGAUGAAGAGCUCAAGGCCGCUGUUGCCUCGGCCGAGAAGGCCUUCCCGGCGUGGCGAGCUACCAGCAUCAUUGCCAGGCAAGAGAUUAUGUUCAAAUUUGUGAGCUUGAUUCGCCGUGAUUGGGAUCGUCUUGCUGCUUCUAUUACCCUUGAGCAGGGUAAGACCUUUGCCGAUGCAAAGGGUGAUGUCUUGCGUGGUCUGCAGGUUGCCGAGACUGCCUGCGGUAUUACUUCUCAGCUCACUGGAGAUAUUCUUGAGGUUGCCAAGGAUAUGGAGACUCGCAGUUACCGCGAGCCUCUUGGUGUUGUUGCAGCUAUUUGCCCCUUUAACUUUCCUGCUAUGAUUCCUCUCUGGUGUAUCCCAGUUGCCACCAUCACUGGAAACACCAUCGUCAUCAAACCCUCUGAACGUGACCCCGGUGCGGCCAUGAUCUUGGCCGAACUUGCCCGCGAAGCCGGUUUCCCACCCGGUGUUAUCAAUAUUGUCCAUGGUGCCCAUAAGACCGUGAACUUCAUCCUUGACGAACCCGCUAUCAAGGCCAUCUCUUUCGUCGGCGGUAACAAAGCCGGUGAAUACAUCUACACCCGCGGUAGCGCCAAUGGUAAGCGUGUACAAGCCAACUUGGGUGCCAAGAACCACGCUACCGUUCUCCCCGACAGCAACAAGAACCACGCUUUGAACGCCAUCGCUGGUGCUGCUUUUGGCGCUGCUGGUCAGCGAUGCAUGGCCCUGAGCACAUUGGUGAUGGUCGGCGAGACCAAGGAGUGGUUGCCCGAGCUUGCAGAGCGCGCAAAGCAGCUUCAAGUCAACGGCGGAUUUGAGGCUGGUGCCGACCUUGGUCCUGUCAUUAGCCCUCAGAGCAAGAAGCGUAUUGAGGACUUGAUUGCUUCCGCGGAGAAGGAGGGCGCUACCAUUCUUCUGGAUGGUCGAGGCUAUAAGCCUGAGAAGUACCCUAAUGGAAACUGGAUCGCCCCCACAAUCAUCACCAACGUUACCCCCGACAUGACCUGCUACAAACAAGAAAUCUUCGGCCCCGUCCUCGUGUGCCUCAACGUCGAGACUCUCGACGACGCCAUUGCACUCACCAACGCCAAUGAAUACGGCAACGGCGCGGCCAUCUUCACCACCUCCGGCUCAUGCGCAUCCCGAUUCCAAAAGAACAUCGAAGCCGGUCAACUGGGAAUCAACGUACCCAUCCCCGUGCCCUUGCCCAUGUUCUCCUUUACCGGAAAUAAGAAGAGUAUUGCCGGUGGCGGUGCAAGUACUUUUUACGGCAAACCGGGUUUGCAGUUCUAUACGCAGCAAAAGACUGUGACGAGUUUGUGGCGUAGUGAGGAUGCUUCUCAUACGCGUGCUAGUGUUGUUAUGCCUACUCAUAAGUAG